AUGGAAAUGGUCCAUCUGGCUAUUGAUGGCAGGUGGCAGGUGUUUAAGCUUCAGCAGCCAACGCCUAGAAAUGACUUUUGUCGGAUAGCUACAAAAAAUGGCAUACUUCUUAGGCUUAUAAAUACACUUUAUAGCUUAAAUGAGUCAACUCGAUUAGCAUCUAUGUCUGUUGGGGGGAUUUUAGUGGAUGGUUCAAUUCAACGACCAUGUUCUGGUAUCUUGGAUCCUACUCAUCAUUUUUCAAGUCAGAAUGAGGCACUGCUGUCUUCAGCAAAUCAACAAGAUCUUUCUAAAUUAAGGCGUGGAGUUCUUGAUCAUCACUUAGAACCUUCACAUUCUUCUUCAUCCAAUCCUAGAAGAUCAAAUGCUAACUACCAAAUGGACGUUAAUAGACCUCAAUCAAGCAAUGUUGUAGCUGAAGUUGUGCCACUAGAGAAGACUGAUGUUGAACUAAGACAACACCGUCUUAGUAUUUCUGCUAACAGGGCAUCAACGGAUAGGCCUACAAAGUUGACAGAAACACCCCCAAAUGGGUUAUCAGUAACAGGAUCAACUCAACAAGAGCAAGUUAGCCCUCUUCUUAGCUUGUUGGAGAAAGAGCCCUCAUCUGGACGUUUAUCUGUACAUCUUGAAUAUGCACGUCAUUUUUCAACGUUAGAAAGACAUGAAAGUGUACUCCAUUUGUUACACACUUCUGAGAAGAAAACAAAUGGUGAGCUGAACUUUUUGAUGGUAGAAUUCGUAAAUGUUUCUCAACGUGGAAGGGAAAACGAAAAUCUUGACUCCAGUGCUAGAGUGUCUCAAAGAGUUACUCCCAAGAAAUUAGGGACUUUUGGUUCUAGUGAAGGAGUUGCUUCCACAUCUGGGAUUGCAUCUCAGACAACAUCAAGUGUAUUGUCUGGUUUAAGUGUUCUAAAUGCUAGACCAGGUAGUGCUACUUCAUCCAGACUACUUUCCCACAUGGUUUCAUCAUUAAAUGCAGAUGUUGCAAAAGAGUACCUUGAAAAAGUGAAAGAUCUUUUGCUUGAGUUUGCACAAGCAGAUACAAUAGUGAAGUCUUAUAUGUGUAUUCAAAGCUUGCUCAGUCGACUUUUCCAGAUGUUUAAUAGGGUAGAACCACCUAUUUUGUUGAAGAUACUGAAGUGUAUUAAUCACCUGUUAACUGAUCCAAAUUGCUUAGAAAAUCUUCAGCGUGCUGAGGAAAUCAAAUACUUGAUACCAAACCUUGAACUCAAAGAAGGGUCUCUUGUAUCUAAGAUAAAUCAUGAGAUCCUGAACGCACUGCUCAACUUAUGCAAGAUAAAUAAGAGGAGACAGGAACAAGCAGUUGAAAAUGGAAUCAUUCCUCAUCUAAUGCAAUUCAUCACAUCAAAUUCUCCCUUGAAACAAUAUGCAUUGCCUCUGUUGUGUGACAUGGCACGUGCAUCUCGUAACUCAAGGGAGCAGUUAAAGGCUCAUGGUGGUUUGGAUGUCUAUUGGAACCUUCUUAAAGAUGAGUUUUGGUCUGUGACUGCACUAGAUUCAAUUGCUGUUUUCUUAGCUCAUGAAAAUAAUAAUAGGAAGGUUGAACAAGCAUUGCUUAAGAAAGAUGCAGUUCAGAAGCUGGUGAAUUUCUUCUAG